AUGUCAGUCAUUGGCCAGGAAUACAAGAAUGUCCCUACGCUGGGAAUGAAUGCCUACGCGGCGCCCUCCCUGUUUCAACCGCACAAGGCUCGUCAAGCCAUUCGCGAUGCCCACGAGAAGAAGAUCCCCCCAUUGAUGUGCUAUUAUGCUGGCCUCAGUUCUCUCCCCAUCACACGCUUCCUUGCCCCUAUGGGAUACGACGCAGUUUGGAUUGACUGGGAGCAUACGUCCUGUAACGUCGAGACCAUGACAUCGAUGGUCCACGAAGCCAUCUUCAUGAGCCAGGGACGAACCAUCCCAUGGGUUCGUGUUCCCGGCCACGAUCACGCCGCCAUCGGCUAUGCCCUCGACUGCGGUGCCAGCGUCGUCAUCCCCCAGGUCGAGACGGUAGAGGAGGCCAAGCACGUCCUGUCCGCAGCCAAGUACGGCACCAAGCAGCGCGGCACACGCUCUGCUCCCCCCUUCCGCCUCAUCCCCUUCCUCACCGACACCCCCUACGAUCCCAACCGCGACAUCCACAAGUGCGUCAACGACCAGGCCGCCAUCAUGAUCCAGAUCGAGUCCGCCGAGGGCGUGCGCAACCUCGACGCGAUCCUCACAGAGUGCCCCGACAUCGACGUCGUCUGGUUCGGCACGCUCGACUGCCGCGUCAGCAUGAACCUCGAAGCCAAGAUGGGCGGCAUGGGCGCCGACGAGCCCGAGUGGCUCGAGAUCUCGAAGCUCUUCUUCGAUACGAUCGACAAGCAUGACAAGCCGUACGCUGGCUUCGCGUUCUGCGCGCCGCCGUACGGAAGCCCCGAGAAGCUUCGGGAGGCGGCGAAGAGGAUGAGUCUUAUUUCCAUGUCGGCUGAUGUGCUUCACCUCGGUGCGUUGGCUCAGGAUUUGAUGGUUGCUCGGGAGACUAUUGGUCCCGUUGGUCGGGAGAACGGCAACGGGACGAAUGGACAGGAGGCGGAGAAGACUGAGGAGGUGAACGGUAAGGCGUAG